CAUUCUUGCCCACUUCAUAGCGGCGUGACCUUGCGCAACGCGUGAUUUCAUGAACGAACCUAUUUAUCGUAACCUUUAAUAGUUGUUUAUUUGAAAUGAUGGUAACGAUAACAUAAACUAUCAAUUUCUAACAUAGUCACUAGUCAUAACUUGCAAGCUAUGCUUUCUCUAUUCAAAUCCGCUCUUGUCGGAUUGGCCAACACGGGUAGAUCCACGGGGCUCCAAGGUGUCCUGCAGAGUCAUCUGAAGGUCUUGUCUGCUGGGAUGAAGACAUACGAGGUGCCUCCAGACUACAGCGAGGUUGUGCUACCUGAAAGACCCAAGCUGAAGUUUCUGAACAAGGUGCCCAACUUUAAGAAGGCGAGGAAGGAGAUGAAGAAGCUAAGAGACAUCCAGGGACCAGCCCAGACAGCCAACACCUUCACCAAGGGACAGUACGGCAUCGUGGCGCUGGGCGGGGGCUACCUCCACUUUGGUCACAUGGAGAUGAUGCGUCUGACCAUCAACAGGAGGAUGGACCCUCGCACCACCUUCGCCCGCUGGCGUAUUAACGCCCCCUACAAGCCCAUCACCAGGAAGGGCCUGGGCCAGAGGAUGGGUGGGGGCAAAGGGAACAUCGACCACUACGUCACACCGGUGAAGUACGGACGGAUGAUUGUGGAGGUUGGGGGACGGCUGGAGCUGGGCGAGGUGGAGCCUAUCCUCAAGGAAGUGGCCAAGAAACUUCCCUUCCCUGCCAAGGUAGUGUCCAGAGAGAGCCUGGCUGCCAUGCAGCAGGAGCAGCAGCACAUGGAGCAGAACAACCAGAACCCCUGGACCUUCCAGAGGAUCGCCAGGGGCAACAUGCUGGGGGUCAGGAGGGUCCUCAGCCCCUUUGACCUCCACAACCACGGGAAGCACAGCGGAAAGUUCCACAACCCGGGCAGGGUGUGAGGGAGUCGCCGUGGUGCCCUCAAAUACAUUUUAACAGCUGACUGCAGUUUGGAACAUGG